UCCUAGAUAUUUGACUCUUCUGUUAUUUGUCAGAAUUUAAUUUGUGUUUUAUAUAUAAUUUUAAGACUAUUUCAUAACCAAAUCUUGUCUUGUUUUGUUUUCAAAAAGAUGGUUUCAUUUGAUAUAAGUCCAGGACCAAAAUCCCUGAGGAUUUGGGCCUACGCUAUAGGAUGCUUCGAUCUUAUAGCAGCCUUGCUCUUCUUUGUGGUGGGUCUCAGGUCAAUAAGCCAACGUCUAAGCUGGCUGACAAUUUUUGGCAUACUCUUUGGCAUUUUCUGGAUAUCGAUGAUAGUGAUGCUGCUGCUUGGCAUUCAAGGGCGCCGUCCCAGGUUAGUACGUGCCUGGAUCAUCUUCUCCUGUGCCGGCAUCCUGACUGAGAUUUUUGUCUUUUUGUAUGGCAUUUUGUGUGAGAGCUCCUUUCACAAAGGUCUGGUCAAAAAUGGCUUACUGCUAUUGGCGGCACUGAUUGUGGAGUUCAUUUUCCUGUACAUUGUCCAUCGAUUCUAUGUGACAGUGGCCUAUUGCCAGGCCUGUCAUAAGAACAGAUCCCAUGAGCUAAUAAAUCAACGUCAUCAAAAGGGAUUUUGUCCCAAGUCACCAUUUGGUUUCUACUUAUUUUAAGGAAGAAAUAUUUUAUAUUUUGUAUUUUAUUAAAUUUGAUAUUUUUAAAAAUAUAUUUUUAAGGGCAUCUCCAAGGCGUCUUAUCUAAAAACGAG